AUGCGCUUGGGCAUUUUCCUGCUGGCUCUUGCCGGCUGUUGUAGUUUCGUUAGUGCUACCCACAACUGCUUAGUCGGAAAUCUAGUUGUAUCGGAAAAUGUUAUCACGUCGAAGUCUGUUGAACUGAGAGAAUGCGAAGGAUUGUGCAGAAAGCAAACGGUCUCUUCUCCAAAUCAUGGAGGACUCGUUCUGUUGACAUGUGAAGAGAAUAAGGUCAUGACAUUCAUCAACCAAGGACAGGAAUGCUCCGGCAGUGAGCUUGAGACAUCGUGCUUCUGUGAGGGAGACGAAUGUAACAAGGUCGACUUGAAGGAGAACAUCCCAUCUCCAAUCUCCGUCCCAACAGCUCCAAACAACAUCCUCUGUUACGUUGGUUUCUGGGCAAACAACACAUCACCAGCAUUCGGAACUGGAGACACUGUCACUUGCUCUCCAGGAAACGUCUGUACCAAGGUGAUCGGAGUCUACCAAGGAUUUGAUGUUGGUGUCUUUGCCUGUAUGCCACAAGCACUCUGUGACGCACUCAUCCCCAAUAUUGCACCGAAUUCCCAACAAUGUACCAAUCUCCCAGGAACCAACAUCCAAGGAUGUUGUUGUUACAAGCAAGAUUGUACAGAAUACUCUCCAAUACAACCCCCACCAACCCCAUCUCCAUGGAACAAGAAUAACCAAACUUGCUACCAAGGAAUUGCCAUUAACGGAGUUGUCAUGUACGGAGGAGCCUUCUCUCAAUGCUCUGGAGAAUGUGGAUCCGCCCGUAUUCGUACCACCUACAACGGAGCUACUGUCUGGGGAGAAGUCUUUGUCUGUGACCCAGUCAACGUCUUCACCGGAUUAAAUCUUGACAACGAAUGCAAGAACAUUGAUACCAGCAACAUCAAUGGAGUUCCAACUGCCUUCAUCACUGGAUGUGCCUGUAACAGCGUCGACAAGUGUAUCGACCCCACUGUCGUUCCACCAGUGUACCCAAUCAAACAACUCAGAUGCGCUGUCGGUCUCUACAACGGAUCCACAUGGCUCGGAGCUGAGAUGAACUGCCAAGGACGUUGCGGACGUCUGAAGUUCAACGCCAACGGACAACAGGUUUCUUACUUCACAUGCAUGCCAUACGAUGUCUGCGCCGGAUUCGGACUUGCCUCUACCGAGGGACAAACCUACAAUCCACCACAAGACGAUGAGCUUGAGGUCUACUGUUGCUCUGCUUACAACAACUGCAACGUCAACAACCCAGAUAUCCUCGGACGUGUCAACAAUACUGCUGUCUCCACCGCCAAAUAUCCAGUUCUCUGCUACGGAGGAAUCUGGGUAAACGGAGUUCCAAUCACCAACUCUGCCUACGGACUCUGCCAAGGAGAAUGUGCUUCUGCUAGCUUCACCACCACAUUCGCCAACCAAGUUCACAAUGCCACCAUCUACACUUGUGAUCCAGUCACCAUGUGCCAACAAGCCGGAAUCUCCAACUCUUGCGGAAGUGUUCUCGGAGGAGUCAAUGCUUGCUGCUGCGACAAUGAUCUCUGUAUCGAUCCAAACAGAGGAGGACAACGCCCACAACUUCGUUGCUAUUCUGGAAUCUCAAUCCCACAAGACAGCUACAACGCUGGAGGAGACCAACUCUGUGACGGAUGGUGCGGAUCCUUGAACUCUUUUGUCAACGGAAAGAACGCUACUGUCUACUAUUGCGCCCCAGUUGGAAUGUGCCGUUACUUUGGACUCGGAUUCGGAGGAACUUACGGAAACUGCGCUCAAAUCCCAGGAGCCGAUCCACCAGUCAACGGAUGUUGCUGCUCUGACUCUGAUAACUGCUUGGCUCCAGCUAAUGUCAACGUCACCGCUAUCCCAGCUCGUCGUGAUCCAAGAAUCGUCUGCUACGAAGGAAUUCACCUCAACGGACAGAACAUCAGCCAGCCUUACUACCGCAUGUGUGAUGGAGAAUGCGUGUCAGUUUCUCUCGGAGGAACCGUCAACAACAUGUCUCACUACGCCACCCUCUACACCUGUGACCCAAGCAGCGCCUGCGCUUCCAUGGGACUUCGUAACAACUGCACAACCAUCGACAACUCUUUGACCGCUUGCUGCUGUGACUCCAACGAAUGUAUCGACCCAACCUACAACCGUGUUCCAGGAAAGCAACUCAAGUGUUACGUUGGAAUCAACACCCAAAUGGGAGGACUUAACAUUGGAGCUGAAGUCAUCUGUGACGGAUACUGUGCCUCAGUUGCCUCAAUCGUCGGAUCUGACUACGUCACCGCCUUCCACUGUGCUCCAAGAUCAAUGUGCCGUUCUCUUGGACUUGACAACUCGAAUAACACUAUCAAUUUGGACAGAGCCAUCACCGCAUCAUGUUGCGAUGUCUUCGACAACUGUAACUUGGUUGGAUCUGGAGUCAACGUCACCAACAUUCCACCAGUCGCUCCAAACGAGAGUCCACGUGCCUGCUACUCUGGAAUCUUCGUCGGAACCACCCAAAUCUCUGACGGUGGAUGGGCUGCUUGCAAGGGAGACUGUGUUGCUAUCAACUUGAAUACCACCUACAACAACGCCUCGACCAGUGCUUCCCUCUACACUUGUGAUCCAUCUUACCUCUGCAGAGCCCUCAACUCCACCAACAGAUGUCACCAACAAGAACAAGGAGUUGAAACUUGCUGCUGCGAUAGCGAUGCUUGUCUUGAUCCAACUGUCAACCCACCACGCAAGCCAUACGGAGAUGGAAACCUCUGCUACGUCGGAGCCUACUCUUAUAAUACUACCGGAGCCACCAUCUUCAACGCCGGAGGAGAACAAUACUGUCAAGGAAACUGCGCCGCCGUCACCUCCAACCUCGGUAGCGCCAACGUUACCGUCUACGCAUGUGUCCCAACAUACGUCUGCAACAGCUUGUACGUCUACGACUCCUGCCAAUCCAUCUGGUACGACAGAACCAUCACCGGAUGUUGCUGUACCAACGGACCAAACUGCAACUUGAACAUGAUCACUCCAAGACCACCACCAAUCACCACUCCAGGAAGAAGACGUCCACGUAUGGAGUACCCAAUCACUUGCCCAGCUGGACUCAUCGUCGAUGGAUACAACCAGACCCCAAUGGAGUUCACUGUUUGCGACGGAGAAUGUGCUUCAGUCAGCAUCAACGCCACCAUCAACGGACAACUGCACACCGCUUCCUUCUACACUUGCGAUCCAUCAUCUGUCUGCUACCAACUCGGAGUCCACAACAACUGUGCUUCCCCAGAAGCCGGAGUCACCGCUUGCUGUUGCGACAGUGAUGCUUGUCUCGAUCCAAACAGAGGAAAGGUUGUCCCAACUCCACCACUCAAGUGCUAUGUCGGACUUUACUCCACCAGCGUUCCAAGCCUUCAAACUGGAGCCGAACAACUCUGCGACGGAAAGUGUGCUUCAGUCAACGCUCGUGUUGCCAACGACAACGUCACCCUCUUCGCUUGUGUUCCACACACUCUCUGCCGUUCCCUCGAACUCUACGAUACCUGUGCUCGCAUGGAACCAUAUUACCCAGAGUUCAGAGCCUGCUGCUGUGACAAUGCUGACAACUGCAACGUCGCUUUGACUCAUCUCAAUGGCGUUAUCAACACCACCAUCCCCCUCACUCCACUCAACGACGCUCCAAUCUCCUGCUACUCCGGACUUUUCAUCAACGGAUCUGCUUACAGCUCAGCCGGAUGGCAAACUUGCCAAGGAGAGUGUGUCUCAGUGUCCCUCACUUCCCAAUUCAAUGGAAUGGUUGGAACUGCUGCUCUCUACACCUGCGAUCCAUCCCGUGUCUGCAGAAACUUGAAGAUGAACAACAAGUGUACCACUCUUGAGAACGGAGUCACUGGAUGUUGCUGUAACACCAAUGCUUGCAUUGAUCCAACUGUCUACCCAGCUCGUACUCCAGGAAACCAACUCAUGUGCUACGCUGGUCUCAGCUCCACCUUCCAAGUCAACGGAAGCGCCAUUCAAGUCGGAGCCCAAGUCGCUUGUAACGGACAAUGCUCAUCCCUCUCCGGAAUUGUCAACGGAUACACCGUCAACACCUACCACUGUGUUCCAAACUCCAUCUGUAACUCUCUCGAGCUGUACGACAACUGCAAAACAGUCUGGAAUGACAACCAAGUCAAUGCUUGCUGCUGUAACAAUGCCAACAACUGUAACAUUGCCAACACCACAAUCACUCCACCACCACCACCAACCACUGUUGACUACGCCAUCGCUUGCUAUACCGGACUCUACGUCAAUGGAGUUCCUUCCACCCCAAUCACCCUCGGAGCUUGCCAAGGACAAUGUGCUUCCAUCUCGUUGAACACCACCAUUGCCGGAGUUCCCAACACCGCCGUCCUCUACGGUUGUGACCCAACAGCUGUCUGCCAACAACUCAACAUGAACAACUGGUGUGCCACCCCAGAACCAGGAGUCACCGGAUGCUGCUGUAACACCGAUCUCUGUCUUGAUCCAACCAAGAACAAGACCGUUCCAUCUGGAUUCCGUAAAUGCUUCGCUGGAAUCUACGCUCAAGGAAAGGCCACCGGAUCCGAGAUUGCCUGCCCAGGAAAGUGCGCUUCUGUCGGAGCAACUGUCAAUGGAGACCCAGUGAACAUCUUCGGAUGUGUCCCAACUCAAUUCUGCCGUCAGCUUGAACUCUACGACGAGUGUAACUCCAUCCCCCUCGAUCUUAACGUUACCGGAUGCUGCUGUGACAACUACAACAACUGUAACGUCGAUUUGGCUGGACUCACUGGAAAGAUCAACACCUCGAUGCCAGUCACCAAUCUCCGUGACUAUCCAAUCACUUGCUUCUCUGGACUCUUUGUCAACAACCAACCUGUGUCUGUAGCCGGAUGGCAAGCUUGUCAAGGAGAGUGUGCUUCGGCUACUCUCACCACCAUGUACAAUGGAGCUAUGACCAACGCCACCAUCUACACUUGUGAUCCAGUCAGUACCUGCUGGCAACUCGGAAUGAACAACAACUGCACAACUGUUGAGCCAGGACUCUCCGGAUGCUGCUGUGCUACUGAUGCUUGCCUCGACCCAACUGUCAACCCACCACGUACUCCACAAAACCCACUUAAGUGCUACGUUGGACUUCAAUCCACCUUUAACUCUUUGAGCCUUGGAGCCGAGACCUACUGUACCGGACAAUGCGCUUCUUUGUCUGGAAUCGUCGGAGGAUACAAUGUUACUACCUACCAUUGCGUUGCUGAUAAUAUCUGCAAGACUCUCGAGCUCAAGGAUAGAUGCACUAAACUUUGGAACGACAGAGAGUUGACUGCUUGCUGCUGUAACAACGCCGAUAACUGCAAUCUUAAGGACCCAAGUGUUACUCCAGGACCACCAGUUCUUCCAGACUUCCCAACUGCCUGCUACCAAGGACUCAUUGUCAACGGAAACCCAUACACUCCACUCACCCUUCAAGGAUGUUACGGAGACUGCGCUACAAUUACCAUCUCAACCAACAUCUCGCAACAGAGCCAUACCGCCACCUUGUACACCUGUGACCCAACUUCUGUCUGCCAACAACUCAACAUGUCCAACGCUUGUCACACAAUUGAACCAGGAGUUUCCGGAUGUUGCUGCGACACCGAUGGAUGCCUCAACCCAUACACCAACACUUGGCCAGGACCACUCAACUGCUACGUCGGAGUGUACACUUCUGACGGAAAGGUCAAUGCUGGAGCCACUGUUCCAUGCGACGGAUAUUGCGGAUCUCUCGAGACCACUGUUAACAAAGUUCUCUACAAGUCAUACCACUGCGUUCCAAAGCCAAUUUGCAAGUCCCUUGGAUUGAACAACCAAAGAAAGAGCAUCUCCACCGAUAAGGACAUCACCGGAUACUGUUGUACCACUGGAUCCAACUGCCACGUCACCGAAUCAGCUGUUAACGUCACAAACGUUGUUGCUCCACCAACCGGAAACCCGAACCCAAUCGCUUGCCGUUCUUCCAUCUAUCUCAACGGAGCUGCAGUGACCGCUGACACCUUCUCCGCUUGUUACGGACAGUGUGCUACCGUCUCCUACUCUGCUCAAUACAAUGGAACCGGAAAUGUUCUCACUCUCUACACCUGUGACCCAACCGCUGUUUGCAGUGCUUUGAGCCUGUCCGAUUCGUGCGCCUCUAUCGACGGAGGCCUCUCCGGAUGUUGUUGUAACACUGACAACUGUGUCGGACCAAACGUGUCGCCAACUCCACCAGGUGGAUCAGGAUCUUCCAUCACUUUCUCAAUCCUUGCUCUCUUCGCUGCUGUAUAUAUCGCUUUGACCAGACAUUAA